AUGUCUCCAGCUCGAAAUACGAUAUUCAGUCAAUGCGAUCUCACGAUCCGAGGCGGCGAUAGUUGGACUAGCUGGUCCACUGCCACCAAGAGCCGUGUCCAUCAAAUGGACCUCCGUUAUGCCGCCCGUCCUCCCUCCCUUGACCUGAUGUCUGGCAAUACAGAAGACAUGGUCAAGACGAUUCGCUACAUCGUUGAUACUCUGGAGAUGCGACAUCCAUCCAAGUUUGCUGUGGCUGAAGAGGACGACGAGUUCGCUCACCUCUUCUCCCACACGACCCGGAGAUUCGUUCUCAGGGCCCUUUGCACGCUGGCUUCGGCCUUUGAUGCCCUUACCAUCGCCCACCAGCGGGAUCACAACCUUCUAGAGCAAGAGGAUGUUGAACCCGAAGAUGGAAGUGCGUCUUCGAAGGCCCUGUACCUCCAGCCAGGCGACACUGGUUUCCUCCUGUGGAACAAAUGUGUAGAGGAUUUCCGCAACGAGGUUGCCCGCGCGAUGGAGGUUUGCCCAGAAGAUGACGAGGGACCAUCUUAUCAGCCCGUGGACCAUGAUUUAUUUCAGGCCUGGGGCUACCAAGGAGCAAGUUGUGGUCAGGCUUUGAUGGUUAGGGAUUCAAGCUGA